AUGGUGCAGGAGGUUGCCGGCGAGUCGGAGUUCCGCCGGCUGACGGGACAGAAAGGGAAGCUCGUAGUGGUAGACUUCACGGCCUCCUGGUGCGGCCCCUGCAAGAGGGUGGCCCCGCAGUACGAGCAGCUCGCGUCGCAACACCCGGAUGUUCUCUUCCUCAAGGUGGUAGAAGACUCCAACAAGGAGCUGAUACAGUCGCUAUCCAUCCGGGCGUUCCCGACGUUCCGCUUCUACCUCGAGGGGAACCAGGUGGACGAGACACGCGGCGCCAACAUCCAGGAGGUCGCCAGCAAGGUGGUGCAGCACAAGGCUAAGGUCGUCCAGGCCUUCGCGGGCGAGGGCAUGUCGCUCGGAGGGGGUAGCGGCGGCGGCGCAGCCGACGCUGGCGCCGCGUCGCUCACCCCGGAGGAGGCGGCGGCGGAGGCUCGAGCCAGGCGGUUGGCGCGCUUCGGAGCGAUGGAGUCUACCGGGGAGGGAGCGAAGCCGGACCCUGAGGUUGCCAAGCGCAACGCAAAGAUUCUUGCUUCCGCUGGACCCGACGAUUCCCCCCCCGUUGCCGCCGCCUCGUCCUCCUCCGCGAUGGAUGUUGAUCCCCCCGCCGUCCCCGGUGGUGGUGCGCUCGGCGGAGGUUCGAAACCUAGGCGGGCGGCGGACCCCGCGCUAGUCGGUCAGCUCACGGAGAUGGGAUUCGCGGAGGUGAGGGCGAAGAAGGCGCUCAUGUUCGGCAACGGCAACGACCUGGAGAACGCUGUGAACUGGAUCAUGGAGCACCAGGAAGACGCAGGCAUCGACGACCCCAUUCCGGAGGGCGACCAGCCGCCGGCGGCGGGGGGGCCGAUGGACGUCGACAACGGCACAAGUGCUGCGGGUGGCGUGGCGCAGAGCUUGAAGUGCGACGACUGCAAUGUGACCCUCAAGGACAUGGCGGCGGCAGAGUUGCACGCCAGCAAGACUUCCCACGACAAUUUCAGCGAGAGCACCGAGGAGGUGAAGGCCCUGACCCCCGAGGAGAAGGAGGCGAAGCUGGCGAGGAUGAAGGCGAUCAUCGCCGAGAGGAGGGCAGCCAGAGGGGAGGAGGAGAAGGUCGACCACGUCAAGCGAGAGAAAGCGAGGCGUACGAUGGGCAAGGAGGCUGCCAAGACGAAGGAGGAAAUGCAGGCUAUCGCGCGCAAGAACGAGAUUGCCCGUAUAAGGAAGGAGAAGCAGGCGUUCGACCAAGAGCGAGCACGCCUGAAGGCGGAGAUCGCCAAGGACAAGGCCGAACGCAAGGCGAGGGGAGGGAAGCUCUCCACCAAGCUCGGUGUGGACGGCUACAAGCCCGCCGCUGCGCAGGGGGUGUACGGCGGCCCUAGCGCGGCGGGAGGGGCAGGGGCGGGGGGCGCGGCACCAGCUGAUGCUGCAGGGCCCUCCGAGGAGGAACAGCCGGCUGUGAAGGCGGAGAAGUCGGAGGAAAAGAUGGAGAAGGCGGUGGACAUGCUGGCGCGGCAGACGGUGGCGGGCCUCGGGGGCACGGCCAUGAAGACUUGCCUGGCGUACAUCAAGAAUGCGCUCACUAAACCCGAGGAGGAGAAGUUCCGUUCCAUUAACCUGGACAACAACGCCUUCAAGAACCGCGUGGCCACCUGCAUCGGCGGCGUGGCCUUACUCAAGGCGGUCGGCUUCGCCAAGGAGGAGAGCCGCCUCUUCAUGAGCAUGGAGGCACGCGAUGAGGGUCUUCUGGCGAACGCCAAGGAAAAGCUAGAGGACGCUAUCGCCUCCUACGUGCCCACCAAAGCCAGCUAGGCCCAACAGUCCCGUAGCGCCGAGAGGGAGAGGUCGGGUUGAUGUCGAAAAGGGGCACGUGGCAUGCCCGUGGCCGUGACUUGUUUGUUCUUGGCUCGAGUUCGAUCGAUCACUUUCUGAGGCUCGCGGAGGUGAAAAUCCUACGCAGAGAUUCACCAGGCGCCACGAAAUUGAUUCUUAGGGUCUUGUUCGUGAUGGCAGAGGUUGAAAUGCCGAUUCUUGCAAGACUGCUAAUCCACGAACCAUCCUUAUGGGAAAGAUGUCACUGGCUCGUAAGUGUGGAGUUGUGCUUAGAAGAUGAAUACAUGUGAAAAAAAUGUGUCUACAAGAAGCGACUUGAGGCGAGAGGCCCGGACAACUGCUUUUUAAAGGACAUUGCUUUACACGUUGCGCAGCUAAGCUGCAGCGAGAGCGACGUGCCAGGUAUUCGUUCUUACGUUCUCGAUGACUUUGGGGCAGCAGAAAAAUGCUGCGUUUUAGCAGCUGCAUAGACUACACCUUCCGAAAGAGGUCUUCAGGCGGCCAGGGCCAACUUGAUACUUAGAACAUCUUUUUAUGCUCUCGGUACCCUACCGUACUCAAAUUAAACCCGCACGUUUUGUCCG